AAGAUGCACCGCGAACUCCCCGCCGCCUCCAUCCUCGCCGCCAUCCUCGUUCUCCUUCCGACGCCAUGGCACUGGCGCGCUGGAAACGUUGCCACGCUAUCCAUGAUCGCCUGGCUCUUUGCUGUCAAUGUCAUUUACGCUGUCGACUCUAUCAUCUGGAGCCAUACGGUCCAGAGGACCGCGUUCGUUUGGUGCGAUAUUACAACCAAGAUACUCAUCGGCGCCAACAUGGCCCUACCAGCGGCAUGCAUGUGUGUAUGCAUACACCUAGAGCAUGUCGCCUCCGUCCGCCAAGCUCUCACCACGCUGGCGCAGAAGAGACGGAGGCAGAUCAUGGAAGCUGUUCUGUGCUAUCUUGUUCCUUGUAUCUGGAUGGGCCUGCACUACAUAGUUCAGGGUCACCGUUUUGACAUUAUUGAAGAGUUCGGCUGCCGCCCUUCUAUCUACGUUUCCAUCCCCGCCAUCUUCCUUAUGUGGGUUCCGCCCCUCAUCAUGUCGGCGGUCUCGCUCGUAUUUGCAGCGCUCGCUUUCUCCCACUUCGUCCGGCGGCGCAUCACGUUCGCCAAGCACCUCGAGAACUCCAACUCAGGGCUCAACGCGUCGCGCUACCUGCGCCUCAUGCUCCUCGCGCUCAUCGAGAUGUUCGCGAGCGCGGCCGCGGUCUCCGCGACGCUCGGCUUCUCCGUCAUCUGGGACAUGCGCCCGUGGACGAACUGGGCGGACGUGCACUGGGACUUCAGCCGCGUCGACACGUUCCCGACGCCGUUCCUCCCGCCGUUCAUCUACCGCUUCUACUACGCGUGCUGGUGGAUCGCGCCCGUGUCCGCGUACCUGUUCUGUGCGUUCUUCGCGUUCGGGCAGGAGGCGAUGGGCGAGUACAAGGCGUACGCGCUAUGGGUGUGGACGCGCGUCUUCAGGCAGACGCCGCGCGCGAAGAGCAUGAAGUCGUCCACCGGCGGAUUCGUUCCGAUGCCCCCUUCUCGGUAUGUG